GCAUACGCGCCACAACUUGCGAGCAAGCUUGAUCUGUCUUCCACAGAGAUCAAUCUGAUCGGUGUUGCUGGAAAUUUCGGAAUGUAUCUUACGGGGCCUUUGUGGGGGAAAUUUGUUGAUUCGAGGGGACAGCAAAUGCAACUCACCGGCCAAAGGCCGCUUCUGUGCAGCAGUAUAGUCAUCUUCACAGGCUACUUCCUCGUCCACUCAUUCUAUUCCGGUGCCUUACCCAUACGUCCAGACUCCUCCCAUCAUCCCACCACGAUAGGCCUCCUCGGACUGGCAUUCGCAAUGUUCCUCUCAGGAUCAGGAGGAGCAGGCGGUCUAUCAGCAGCGGUCAACGCAGCUGCCAAAUCUUUCUCUGAUCAAACUCGAGCCACCGCUUCAGGCUUGGUUCUGGCAGGCUUUGGUCUCAGCGCCUUCGCAUUCAGUACCCUUGGUCACGUCAUCUUCGGUGGAGACGCUGGUGGCCUUCUGCUCCUGCUGAGCUUCGGUACCGGUAUUCCCAUUUUUCUGGGUAGCUUCAUCGUCCGUGCUGUACCACCAGCAACAGCGAACGGAUACGAGCCGGUUUCAGCUUUGGAAGAGGGAGAGGGAUAUGUUUCAAGAAACACCUCGGUCGAGCUCUCGAGAUCACGCUCACCCCGUCCACGCCAUCGUCAUGCUGAGCCAGAAGAUGGCAAAGCUCCUCUACGAGCUGGACAUUCAUACACGCCUUUCGAACUGCUUUUCACCUCGGACUUUUGGAUCAUUGGCGUGAUCCUCGCCUUGCUGUGCGGUACCGGAUUGAUGUAUAUCAACAAUGUUGGUUCUGUGGCUCUUGCCCUUACGCGAGAGGGCAAGGUGGACUAUGACCCUCGCGUCGUCAGCGCAUGGCAGGCGAAGCAAGUGGCAACCGUCAGUAUCUGGAAUUGUAUGGGUCGCAUCAUUGGAGGCAUCUAUUCCGAUUUCUGCAAGACGAGAUUUGGCAUGGAGAGGAUAUGGUUUCUUCCAGUCGUCGCCGGACUCUUCAUCAUCUCCCAAUUGUCUGCAUUGAACACGACGGUCGUCAGUAACCUGUGGAUAGUCUCUACCCUCUUAGGAUUGGCGUAUGGCAGUCUAUUCAACGUCGUGCCGAUGCUCGUCCUCGAAUGGUUCGGAAUGGGCCAUUUCAGCCAGAAUUACGGCUGGAUCUGUGUGGCGCCUGUCAUCGGAGGCAACGUAUUCAAUGUGGUCUUUGGACGUGUUUACGAUUCGAAUACCGUCGGACGCAUUGGGCUGCCAACCGGCGUCUCGGGGACCAUCAGCGAGCUCAGAAGGCUGGUCGUAAAGGCUGCUGGCGAAGUUGGAAGACAUGAUUGUAUGUGUUUGGUCGGCGAACAAUGCUACGGGACAGCAUUCAAGAUCUCGGCUCUUGGCUGCACCGUUGCUCUUGGUCUGAGUAUUUGGGCUGGUGUCAGACGACGCCGGAGAUUGUGA